UCCUCCAGUGACUGAUGGGGACCAUUCCUUAAACGUGACCUUUUCUCGAGUUUUCAGUGUUGACAUUUGGUUUGUUUGAAUUUUACUGAACCAGCUCUGGACUGUACAGAAAGGAUUUUAAAAGUUUGAAAUUAUUUUCCAUUUCAUACUCAUGACUUGGAACAUGGAUCCCACUGUGGAGUAUAGAGAUACCUAUGAUUAUGAUUAUGGUGAAAACGAAACUAUGUGUGACUACUCUGAGUGGGAGCCAUCUUACUCCCUUAUCCCUGUCCUCUACAUGCUCAUCUUCAUCCUGGGCCUGUCUGGGAAUGGAGUGGUCAUCUUCACCGUGUGGAGGUCCAAGUCCAAGCGCCGAGCAGCAGACGUCUACAUAGGCAACCUGGCCCUGGCUGACCUCACCUUUGUGAUCACUCUGCCCCUCUGGGCCGUGUACACAGCACUGGGCUACCACUGGCCCUUUGGUGUGGCCCUGUGUAAGAUCAGCAGCUAUGUGGUGCUGGUCAACAUGUACGCCAGUGUCUUCUGCCUCACCUGCCUGAGCUUUGACCGUUACCUGGCUAUCGUCCACUCUCUGUCCAGCAGCCGGCUGCGGUCGCGGGGCACAAUGCUGGCCUCCCUGGGGGCCAUCUGGCUCCUCUCAGGCCUGCUGGCUGUGCCCACUUUGCUGUUCCGCACCACCGUGGACGACAUCAACAGCAACCGCACCACCUGUGCCAUGGACUUCAGCCUGGUCACCCUAAACGAGAGGCAUGAGUCGCUGUGGAUCGCAGGACUCAGCCUGUCGUCCUCUGCCCUGGGCUUCCUCCUGCCGUUCCUGGCCAUGACCAUCUUCUACUGCUUCAUCGGCUGCACCGUCACGCGUCACUUUAACAACCUGCGCAAGGAGGACCAGAAGAAGCGUCGUCUGCUGAAGAUCAUCACCACCCUGGUGGUUGUAUUUGCCAUCUGCUGGACCCCAUUCCACUUGCUGAAGAGCAUGGACGCCCUCUCCUACCUGAACCUGUCUCCCAGCUCCUGUGGGUUUGAGCGCUUCCUCCUGGUGGCCCAUCCUUAUGCUACCUGCCUGGCUUACGUUAACAGCUGCCUCAACCCCUUUCUGUACGCCUUCUUCGACCUGCGCUUCCGCUCCCAGUGCCUGUGCCUGCUCAACCUGAAGAAGGCCAUGCAUGGACAGAUGAGCUCCAUGUCCUCCACGCUCAGCGCCCAGACACAGAAGUCAGAGAUACAGUCUCUGGCCACCAAAGUGUAAAGAGAGGGGAGGGAUAGGUGGAGUGGGACUGCUGGCUGGUUCCCUGCUGCCACCACAGGAACACUGACUGGUAAACACACAGUUUUUUGGUGUCCGUUAUUCAAAUGCUUUUAAGGCGUAACAGACAAUGAACAAUGACUUUAUUUUCCGAAACAUGGGUUUGCAUAUACAGUAUGUUUUCAUUCUUGUGUAUAUGUACAUUUCUCACCCAUUCCAACCCAACGUGUGCUUCAGUGGGUAGGGCAGAAGCCCAGGGAGUCCUCAGCCCUACAAAGGUUCCCUCUAACCCCUGGACUGGACUCUGGAUCUGGGGAGAGUUGGCUGAGCUCCAUAUAGCUGCUUUUUCCCCACAACGUCUCAGAAAGGUAAAUAUACUUUUCAGACGGACUCUAUUUUUCCUCUUCUCCCUUUCAACUGUUAUUCUUUACUGUAUAAGGGACCAGAACCCUGAACAAAAAGACAUUGAGGGUUUUUUUCUGUUGUUGUUAUGUAUAUCACAUGCAAACCUGUUUACACUGGGUAAAUCACAAAUGUACAGUAUUUUCAUACUUUUGCUGUUUCAGAUGUGUUGAUAUUUUGUUUUAUUACAAGCACUUGUUAAAUGACUGAAAUGUAAAAGAGGGGAAAAUGUGUUUACAAAGAGACCAUAUCUUCUUCAGGUUGUUGUUUGUGAAGGUAGGAGACUGGGCAGAGGAGGGGGGGGUGUAAGAGGAGGAAAGGUGUUGCAGCUUAAUUACAGAGUUUGAGGAGGAGACAGGGGCAGACAGGCAGAUGGCAGCUGACAAAUGUUGUCAGGGAAGUGGGUGGGGGCUUUACAGUGCCCUCUGGUGCCGGGAGGAAAGGGGACUUCAUGAAUUUUUUAUUGUAUUGCAUAUAUGUUUUUGGCAUCUGUGUAACUAACUACUGUAUUAAAGAAAUAUGAUCUAUGAAAUGGA